GAGAUCACUAAGAUGAAAGCCUACCCAAACAAAGAAAACUGAACCUGAAAAACUUCCCGUCGAGUCGUUCGCCUCCAAACAGCUUCUUCUAAUUCAAAUAAGUCAAUUCCCAGGAGCAAAGAGUGAUGGAGAGCUACAGACAGCAAAAGAUACAGAAAUUGGAGGAAUUCGUCGAUGGCCGCCUCAAACCUGACCUCGUUCAAACCAUCGCUCAACGGGACAAGGUGUUUGAGAAGCAAAAAGUUUUCUCGGAUCUACGGAAGAACAUUGAGAAUUUGGAGAAGAAUAGUGUGACUAGUCUUAGGACGAUGGUUAAUCUUGGCUCUGAAGUGUAUAUGCAAGCUGAAGUUCCAGAUACACGCCGCAUAUUUGUAGAUGUUGGACUUGGAUUCCAUGUGGAAUUUACCUGGUCCGAAGCUUUGAGCUACAUAUCUCAAAGAGAAGAGAAGUUAGAGAGGGAGAUUGAAGAUUAUACCAACCGCAUAGCCUCAAUUAAAUCCCACAUAAAGAUGGUAUGCGAAGGGAUUCGGGAAUUACUCCAGCUUCCUGCAGAGAAACCUGUGCCAGAGCUCAACUUUUGACAUCAACAACUUAUUUACUUAGUUGUAUUUUGAUGUGCAACUGAAGUAAGCUGUUUACAAUUUCAUGCAUAACCUUGUAAGCUUUUCACGUCAUCAAGUUGUGCUAGGAACAUAUUAAGCUGUAGGAACUAUCACUCGUGAUUCAGUAAACGAGCCCAUUUGAGGUGUGUAAAAUUAAAGUAGCCUAUUUGAGCCCAUUUGAGUCCAUUUGCAAAUGUAUGUGUGGCUCGAGAGUUCCAAAAGUUCCUACAAGGUUUAAAGUAGCCUUGCAAAAUUACGAGUAAACAUUUAUCUUGCAACUUACAACUUACAAGCAUUAUGACACAAUAUAUUAGUACGAGUACUGGUUAUAUAGAAAACAUUAUAGACAAGGGAAAUUAUUAUUUGUACUUGAAACAUCAUCUGUUUU